AUGGCGGAAAACAAAGGAGGCGGCGGCGGCGGGGACGCGGCUGCCGAGGCCGCGCCGGGCGGCGGCGGCGCUCUGGAGCCUCCCGCCGGCUCNGGUGCGGCGGCGGGGCCCGGCCCCAGCCCGGUGCCGCCGCUGACGCCCGCGGCGCCGGGGCCGUUCUCGCUGCUGGACACGUGCGCGGUGUGCGCGCAGAGCCUGCAGAGCCGGCGAGAGGCCGAGCCCAAGCUGCUGCCCUGCCUGCACUCCUUCUGCCGCCGCUGCCUGCCCGAGCCCGAGCGCCAGCUCACCGUGCCAGUGCCCGGCGGCGCCAACGGCGACGUGCAGCAAGUGGGGGUGAUCCGCUGCCCCAUCUGCCGCCAGGAGUGCCGGCAGAUCGACCUGGUGGACAACUACUUCGUGAAGGACACCUCGGAGAGCCCCAGCAGCUCGGAUGAGAAGUCAGAGCAGGUGUGCACCAGCUGUGAGGACAACGCCAGUGCUGUGGGUUUCUGUGUGGAGUGUGGGGAGUGGCUGUGUAAGACCUGCAUCGAGGCUCACCAGCGAGUAAAGUUCACUAAGGAUCACAUGAUCAGGAAAAAAGAGGAUGUGUCCUCAGAGGCCGUGGGAGCAUCUGGUCAACGUCCUGUUUUCUGUCCUGUCCACAAACAAGAGCAGUUAAAACUUUUCUGUGAAACCUGUGACAGGCUGACAUGCAGGGACUGUCAGCUGCUGGAGCACAAAGAACACAGGUACCAGUUCCUGGAAGAAGCUUUUCAGAACCAAAAGGGUGCAAUUGAGAACCUCUUGGCCAAACUUCUUGAGAAGAAGAAUUAUGUAAAUUUUGCAGCUGCCCAAGUUCAAAAUAGGAUAAAAGAAGUAAAUGAAACCAACAAACGAGUAGAACAGGAAAUCAAAGUGGCUAUAUUCACCCUCAUCAAUGAAAUCAAUAAAAAGGGAAAAUCUCUCCUACAGCACCUUGAGAACGUAACAAAGGAGAGGCAGAUGAAGUUGAUCCAGCAGCAGAACGACAUCACUGGUCUGUCACGACAAGUGAAGCACGUGAUGAACUUCACUAAUUGGGCCAUUGCCAGCGGCAGCAGCACUGCCCUGCUCUACAGCAAGCGCCUGAUAACCUUCCAGCUGAGGCACAUCCUGAAGGCACGCUGUGAUCCCGUCCCUGCUGCCAACGGCGCCAUCCGCUUCCACUGUGACCCCACCUUCUGGGCUAAGAAUGUUGUCAAUUUGGGUAACCUGGUGAUUGAAAAUAAACCAACCCCUAGUUACACUCCCAAUGUAGUGGUUGGGCAAACUCCUCCAGGAACAAACCACGUCAACAAAGCUCCAGGACAAAUCAAUCUGGCCCAGCUUCGACUGCAGCACAUGCAGCAGCAGGUGUAUGCCCAAAAACACCAGCAGCUGCAGCAGAUGAGGAUGGCCCAGCCAUCCUCUACAUCCGUGCCCAGGCAGAGCAGCCCCCAAGUCCUGCAGCAGCAGCCUCCCAGGUUGAUCAGCAUGCAGACCAUGCAGAGGGGUAACAUGAACUGUGGGGCUUUCCAAGCACAUCAGAUGAGAAUGGCCCAGAAUGCUGCUCGUAUCCCAGGAAUCCCACGCCACAAUGGACCUCAAUACUCCAUGAUGCAACCUCACCUUCAAAGACAACACUCCAACCCCGGCCACGCCGGGCCCUUCCCGGUGGUCUCCGUGCACAACACCACCAUCAACCCCACCAGCCCCACCACGGCCACCAUGGCCAGCGCCAACCGUGGCCCCACCAGCCCCUCCGUGUCGGCCAUCGAGCUCAUCCCGUCCGUCACCAACCCGGAGAACCUGCCCUCGCUGCCAGACAUCCCCCCCAUCCAGCUGGAAGAUGCUGGUUCCAGUAGUUUAGAUAAUCUGCUAAGCAGAUACAUCACAGGCAGCCACCUCCCCCCACAGCCUACCAGCACCAUGAAUCCCUCCCCAGGACCUUCAGCUCUGUCUCCAGGGUCAUCAGGUUUAUCCAACUCCCACACUCCUGUGAGGCCCCCCAGCACCUCCAGCACAGGCAGCAGAGGAAGCUGUGGCUCCUCGGGCAGGACUGCUGACAAAACUGGCAUUGGCUUCAAGGCUGACCAAGUGAAAGUAAAGCAAGAGCCAGGCACAGAGGAGGAGAUCUGCAGCUUCUCAGGAACAGUAAAGCAGGAAAAAACAGAGGAUGGCAGAAGGAGUGCUUGCAUGCUCAGCAGCCCCGAGAGCAGCUUGACACCACCACUAUCCACUAACCUCCACCUGGAGAGUGAACUGGAAGCUUUGGGAAGCCUGGAAAACCACGUGAAGACAGAGCCAGCAGAUCUGAGUGAGAGCUGCAAGCAGUCUGGGCACAGCCUGGUGAACGGGAAGUCGCCCGUGCGGAGCCUCAUGCACCGCUCGGCCCGAGUGGCAGGAGAGGGCAACAACAAGGACGACGACCCCAACGAGGACUGGUGUGCUGUGUGCCAGAACGGGGGGGACCUGCUGUGCUGUGAGAAGUGCCCCAAGGUGUUCCACCUCACCUGCCACGUCCCCACGCUCCUCAGCUUCCCCAGUGGAGAGUGGAUAUGUACAUUCUGCAGAGACCUGAGCAAACCUGAAGUGGAAUAUGAUUGUGACAAUUCCCAGCACAGCAAGAAGGGCAAGACAGCACAAGGCCUGAGUCCUGUGGACCAAAGGAAAUGUGAACGCCUCCUGCUUUACCUGUACUGCCACGAGCUGAGCAUUGAGUUCCAAGAGCCGGUCCCAGCCUCGAUACCAAACUACUAUAAAAUCAUAAAGAAACCAAUGGAUUUGUCCACGGUGAAGAAGAAACUGCAGAAGAAACAUUCCCAACACUACCAGACCCCCGAGGACUUCGUGGCCGAUGUCCGGUUGAUCUUCAAGAACUGUGAAAGGUUUAAUGAAAUGAUGAAAGUUGUUCAAGUUUAUGCAGAAACACAAGAGAUUAAUUUGAAGGCUGAUUCAGAAGUAGCACAGGCAGGGAAGGCAGUUGCAUUGUACUUUGAAGAUAAACUUACAGAGAUCUACUCAGACAGGACCUUCCAGCCUUUGCCUGAAUUUGAGCAGGAAGAGGAUGAUGGUGAAAUAACUGAGGACUCCGAUGAAGAUUUUAUACAACCACGUAGAAAACGCCUAAAAUCAGAUGAGAGACCAGUGCAUAUAAAGUAAUCUAAUGAUAUGGACCUAAAAUUUAUUGUAAAAACUGUUAUUUAAGUGUUCCUGGAAUAUUAUCAUGCCUACAGUGGCCAUCUUGCAGAAGCUGAUAGCUUUUUAAACAGUAUUAGAUAACAAAAAACACUUGUACAGAAAAACAUUCGCAUCAAAAGGGGAAAAAAAACCUGUAUUGUAAAUUUUUGGUGGUUUGUAUUUUUUUUUCUUUGAUUACUUGCUAUAUUCUUUCUUUUCCUGAUGGAGGGGACACACUCAUGCUGGUCUCACAGACAGAGGUGGAGGAAUGUUGAAGAGAAGCAGAUGUGAUAGGAGAUGUUCCAUGUACAGAUAAGACUGUAGUGGCACCACCUGCAGGACUGGACCCACUCAGUGACUGUGUCCUGCAUUACACUGCAGUGCAAACUGUGAGCAGAGCUCCUGAAACCCCCUCUGUGUCCACUCAAGUGUGUGUUGGUCGUUGCUUUGAUCAUCCCAUUGAAGCAGGACUGUGAAUAACUGAUCUUCUGUGUCCAUCCAGCCGUUGACAUUUUGCUUUCUUUACUCCAUUUCAUGUAUAGCAAAAGGAAGAAGAAAGAAAAAUCAUUAAACUGUUCUGAAUGGGCGAGUGCAGGAAUGGGAGGCAGAUGAAAGGCUAAGCUGGUGGCUCCAAUCCCUUUCAGUAGGACAAGGUGUAUUUAUUAAACUCCUGUGCCCAGAACAUUUUAAUGGCAUCCAUGGCAGAAGUCUCAGCGUUGUCAUCUGUCCCUGACCCCCUGACGAGGCAGAAUGUUCUCUCCAGUAUUCAUUCUCUGCUUUUCUGUACUUAAAAUGUAGACUGAAGAGGUAAUAACUGGUUGGGGUGUUUUUCCAGUCUUCCUAAAUAUCAGUUUCUAAUAAGACCACUCGGCAAACAAUAACCUAUUAACUACCAAAUGUGUAAAAUUUCCUGUAUUCACUUUGUCUUAUUUGUAAAUAGUGAAUUGAGAUUUCUUGCAGGUCAGCAACAUUUGCUGAACUGUUUUUAAGCUAAUAUGUAUUCUUAUUGAUUGUUCCUAUCAAGAAAAGAUUUGUAAUAUAUGCUAUUUCUAACAUUGCAUUCAUUUUGAGGUUCUGUCUUAUUUUUCUUAGAGUACUUCUCAGAACUUUCUUCAGAAGCAGCUUGUGAGGGAAAUGUGCAGGAAGAUUGGAAUCAGUCUGAGUUUGGGUUGCCUGUCCAUCCAUUGAACAAAACACUUGCACAGGGUUUGGCCUUGAGUGGUUUUUGGUCAAAGAGUGAGAACAGAACAAUUUCCCAAUUCCCUCAGUAACCCUUGGGGCACCCCUGCAGUGCCUUCCCUUGCACUGCCUCCAUCCCAGCAUUCCUGGUUAGAAAUCAUGGAAUCACAAGGAGUUACAGCUCCGGAAGUUGUUUUCGUUACCGACACGAGUCAGUGCUAGAAAUAAAUACAAUUUCUAGCCUUCAUGUUGAUCUUGUUAAAGGAAGUUGAAGAAUUCAUGUAAGCAAUGAGCUCGAGAUGGCAGACUCUGAGUUUGCCAUCGUUUGUGUGGAUCCAGCAAUUCUGUGGGAGAUCCCUGGGGGUUUGGUGUGCUCAGCACAACAAUUCCUGUGACAUUGUACACGCUUUACCAUCAUGGUAAAGAGAAAUAUUUUAGCACAAUAUCAAAUUGAGAAAUGCUCUCAGCAGUUUUUAUGCAAAUCACUGGUUUCUUUUAUAAGAACCAGGUCUGUGUACCUUGGGAUUCUCUCUAUUGCAAUAAAUGAGGGGACUGAAAAUGUUUUUAACUUCCAGCUCACUUCUUCACUCAAAUGUUACACUUCAAACUCAAACUGGUUGUUUUUUUUUAAAUUUCUUAGACAUUAACAGUGCUGUUUUAAAUUUAAUUUUUACCAGUUUGUAUGUGAAAGGAAAAGGAAUUCCACUUCAACAUAUUAAAUUGACAAAGAGCAACAACUUUGCCUGUGGAAAAGCUGAUGUGUGAAUAGGACACUGGUAGUGACAAGGGAUCAUUUCAUGGCUCUGUGUAUUGCCUAUUUAUGCAUUUCUAGUUUCUCAGCUUCAUUUUGCAAAAGGAAUAUUAUUAAAAUUAUCAUGAAAAUAAGAUUCUGUGAACUCUCUUCACUCGGGGCUCCUGUUUUUGUGGCACUUCUGGUACCUUCAGGCUUCACCUUUUGCGCUCUUCCCUGGGCAGCAGCUGGGGAUUGGAUCCUGCAGAGACCCUGGGGAUGGGCAUGGGGGAUCCCAGGUGGGGCUCAGGAGACCCCAGGGGGUCCCAGAUGGAGCCCAGGGGAUCCUAGCAGAGCUCAAGGGAUCCCAGCAUAGGACAGGGGGAUCCCAGAUGGAAUUCAUGGGAUCCCAGCAGAGUUCAGGGGAUCUCAGGUGGAGCACAGUGGGAAGGACUCACCCCAGACCCUCCAGGGAGGCUCGUGCCCCCCAGCUGCUGCAGGACCAGGACCCUCUGCUCCCCAGCCAGACCCCAGAGCAGUUCCCAGUGUUUUGGGACAGCCUUUCCUUUGAGGUGGCCUCUCCAACACUUCAGUCCAGGUGGAGAACUUGGCCAGCUCAUGCUCAGCAUGUUGUGCACACCAGGAGUGCAGCUGAGCUGGACCUUGCUGAGCCUGAGUUCUUUCCCUGCACAGACCCCAGCGACCCUCCAGAGCUGCUCCUCCCAUCCAUCCCCAGCGCUCAGUAGGAUGAUGUGGAAUUUUGAAUGUGUGCAAGAAAUCUCAAGUGUUUCCUUUAUACAAGGAAACAAAACAUUCUCUUCUUCUUCCCCUUUCAUUUUUGAUCUCCCAAAGCAGCAGUUCAGUGAUUGUUUUGAAAGCAGCAAAGUUCUAUUUGAAAUUAUUUGAAAGGGUAGAUAAGCUCUGCUAAUCCCUUCCCUGAUCCUGUAGGCUGGGUGUUUGUCACAGAACUGGGAACAGUUUGCUCAGUGGAAACAAUUUUUGGUGUAACUCAUUAGUGGGUUUGUAUUAAUAAGCCACAUUAAUUCUCUGGGCAUCUCUGUGCCAGCUGCUGGGUGUGCAGAGCGUGAGUGGCUUUACCUGGGGAAUCAGAGCACAGUUUACAUCAGGAAAUCUGUAAAAUCGGGGCGGCAGGAGGAAUCUGGCACUUGGUGCAACUCUGCUCUUAUUUAAAAUAACUCCCAAAAAUCUGUGUCUCCAUUUUGGCUGAGAAUUUUUGUUGUCCCUCAAGUUUUGAGUAAAUCCAAAGAAGGAAAAAGCAAUUUGAAAUGAGAGUGCAAAGUGCCCAGUGUGAGCAGCUGUCCUGCCAUGAAUUCCUGCUGAUGAGAGGGAAUUCAACAGCUAAAUGGGCUCAGGGCUUUUAUUUAGCUGUGCCCUGGAAUUAACUGGCCUAGAGCACAAUAAGGCAGAGCUAUUGUCCAAAAAAAGGGGAUUUCCCCAACUUCUGCAAACAGAAAUGCUCAGUUAAGUGUGGAGAUGUUGUUCCUCUGUGGGGUGUCACUGUGACACUUCACUGUGACACUCUUUAUGCUGGGUUAAACAUUUCAAGCAACUGGAAAAGUCCCUAAAAUGAGUCCAAAUUUCUGGUUUAUCACCUGGUUUUGGAAAAGUUUAGGUUAUUGCAACAGUAUUUUGAAUCUGUUUGUGUGGUGUACUGGGAAUUGGCUUUUCCCAGUUGGCUUUUCCUUGUUUUUCUCACUCUCUUCCUCAGAAAAAAGCAAUAAAACUGCUUUGUCAUUUGCCUGUCAGCAUGACAGGAAUCCUUUCCUUCGGAUAAGGAUUUUAUAGGGAAGUUUGUAUGCAAAUCACAAAGCCUAGCUUUUAAAAACAAAGUCUGCAGCAGUUCCUGACAAUAUAGAGUGUGGCAUUUUAUUUUAAAAAAUUGGGGAAAGUUCCAUAUUUUUUUAAGAAGUAGCUGUUUGAGCAAAUAAUGGAGGUACUUUUUUUAAAAUAAAAAUGUAAAUGCCACAGUUUACACAGAUGGCACGUAUGGAUUGUAUCUUUGGGUAUGGUGAUUUGUCUUCUCAAAGUGUGUGUGCAGUAACUCUUCCAUCUACUUCCACUUGGCUUAUGGGGAUCCUUUUUUCUCUGCUUUCUGAUGCAUCAGGAUUGAAAGAGCUUUCCAAAAUUGCAGUUAAUUUGGGAAUCUUUAUUUUAAGUGGACUAAGAAAUGUAUGAAAUGCAGUUUGGGCCUUGUCUGUUGGAUGAAAUCACAGCUGGAGGCUGCUGGCUUUAGAAUUUAUUUAAGAGAGGUACUGGAAUAUUUUGUGAGCUGGAGACUUUGGCAGGAUUCAGUCUGGAGUGAGCUCCCCUGGCACACCUGUGCUCACCUGCACUGGGGGAUUUUUAGGCUCAGAACACCAGGACACAUGUAAAUAAUCCUAUACAGAUUUGUGCAGUGCAAAGCUUGUUUUACAUGUAAACAUUCUCCUGGAAGGGUUAAAUCAUGGCAUUCUUUGAUUCUUCAAUUAUUUCCUGCUUCCAGUACUGGAGCUGGCUCAUUUUGCACAUAAUAAACUUGCCUCAUCUUUUAAUAUGAUUCUUAAAAAAACCCCAAGUGCUGUUUCUGUGAUAUUGUAUUAUCUGAAUCAUCCUAUUUAACUUUUUUUUUAAAAGUUAUUGUUUUGAAUUGUUCUGUUCCUGUUUUUGCUGGUGUGUAAUUAAAAUCAAAUUUUUCUUUCCCUGGUUAUUUAAUAUUUUAGCUGCCUGUAAAUAUUUCUUGUUAAGUGCUCUGGAAUGUGCUGUAGACGUUGUAUUAGCUCAGUUUAAAGCAUUGUUUGGAACCCAUUUUGGUUGCUUAUUUCUAUUAAAUUAGAAAAAUCAUUCUUUCAA